AUGAAGAUGGGGAAUUACUCGCCUGUGACUGAAUUCAUUCUGGUGGGACUUUCCAAAUACCCAGAGCUCCAGUUUUUUCUUUUCAUGCUCUGCCUCAUCAUGUAUGUGAUAAUUCUGCUGGGAAACAGCCUCCUCAUUACCAUCAGCAUACUGGAUUCUCGCCUCCACACCCCCAUGUACUUCUUCCUUGGGAACCUCUCAUUCCUGGACAUCUGUUAUACAUCAUCAUUCAUUCCUCCAAUGCUCAUCAUAUUUAGGUCUGAGACAAAAUCCAUCUCCUUUAUUGGCUGUGCUCUCCAGAUGGUUAUCUCCCUUGGGUUGGGCUGCACUGAGUGUGUCCUCUUGGCUGUGAUGGCCUAUGAUCGGUAUGUGGCCAUCUGCAACCCACUGAGGUACCCCAUCAUCAUGAACAAAGUACUUUAUGUGCAUAUGGCUGCAUGGUCAUGGAUCAUAGGCCAUCUGACCUCCCUAUUGCAAACAGUCAUGACAAUGAUAAUGCCAUUCUGUGGGAAUAAUGUCAUCGACCAUCUUACCUCCCACCUCGCUGUGGUUAUCUUAUUCUAUGGUUCAGCCCUUUUUACAUACAUGAAGCCCAAGUCAAAGGACACGAACACUUCUGAUGAGAUUAUUGGGCUAUUUUAUGGAGUGGUAGCCCCAAUGUUAAACCCCAUUAUCUAUAGUUUGAGGAAUAAAGAAGUGAAAGAAGCCAUGAUAAAAGUUUUGAAGAGACACCAGCAUUUAUUGAAAUCAUGA